UUCCCGUCCGUGAACAAGGAACGCUGUUUUGGGAGUGUCGUCGCAUACCGAGUGAACGUGCAAGCGAGAGUGAUCUGCCUCGAGGGGGUGUAAGAGGAUCGUUGAUCGCGGUGGCAUACCAGUGGUAAAAGUGUCCUCGUAAAUUGAGACGUUGAUGAGCCGAGGAUAGUCGAAGGGAUUUUCCACGCGCGUGUGACAGAAUGGACGAGGAAGAAGCAGAGAUCGACCCGUCGGCCGCUGCGACGCUUUCCAAAAGCAUUGGCUUCCAACGAAUCGAUAUCGUCCUUGAUCAUCCUCAGAAGGUCUAUUACAGCGGACGUCAAAUCUCGGGCAACGUUCACUUGGACUUGGAACAGCCGACGUCUGGCGUAGGGAUCAGGCUGAAAUGCAAAGGAGAAGCUCAGGUGUAUUUCACGGAUCGAUCAGCCGGCAUUCGUCGCAAGUUUUCGGCGUUUGAAAAUUAUCUUCACGUGGAAACGUAUCUGGUCGGCGAUGGUAAAGAAAAGUGUAUGAUAACUGGAGGCGUCUACCCGUUCAGCCUAACGCUGUCAGAGAACUUGCCGUGCAGCUUCGAGGGCCGAUACGGACGAGUACGGUACUCGAUUAGGGCAUUGUUGGACGUAACGACCAUUUAUCGGUUUUCCACCAAUAUUAUUCCAUUCACGGUGGCUCCUAUUCUUGACCUUAAUCGAGAUCCUCUCGCUACCCUGCCAAUAAAUAUCAAACAGUCGAAGAUGUACAUCGGCCAAACGGAGGCCCUCAGCAUGUCCAUGGCGCUUCCGGUUCACGGUUACGUCCCUGGCCAGACUAUACCUAUUCAGAUAGUCAUGAUCAACCCGUCUACGGUUAUGGUUAAGAAACUGAGAAUCGUUUUCAAAAAAGUGGUGUCCUAUCACUCGACGGAAAAGUCGCGUAAGCACAAAGAAAUCGUAGUAGAAGUAGAACAGCCGGUUAAUAAAGACACCAAUACAUACGACGUCGCGUUUGACGUUCCUGCAGUACCACCCACCGGGAUGAUCCACUGCAACAUCAUCGACGUUCUGUACACGCUUAAAGUCGAGGCCUGCGUAGACGUGAGCGAGUGGUACUACAGAAUGUUUCAGAAGAACUUGAAACUGCGAACAAAUAUAGUAGUCGGCACGGUACCACUUCAAAAUUACGAGACCCCGCAAAAAACGGUCGACGUGACGGAAGCUUUUUCAUUUCAUCCCCCGUGCACCACGGCCACGGAAGAAUACGCCAACGACACGCCGCCGUUGAAAAACUCCGAGAGAGUGGAAACUGCUAGACCGAGUUUGUCUUUGCCGCUGUACGAGAAAAGUCAAAUAUAUCGAUCGUCGAAACCGGACAUGGACGAUCCCACGGGAGAUGAUGGCGACAGCGACGGGGAGGUCAAGCCAUAUUCGCCUAUGUAUCGCGUGUACAAAUUCAAAUCAUCCCACAAGAAGGGUCGUUAGACACGUGCUUGACUACGUAACUAGAGAGGGCCUUGCUUAAUUAUUCGUCCAAAGAUUCGACGUUCGUUAGCGGUGUCCGCAACGGAUCGCAGAGGGAGAGAAAGAAGAAGAAGAAGAUGAAGAAAAAUGGGUGAACGUGAUACUCUAUGAAAGUAAAAUUAUUUCCAGAAAUUUUAUACACUCUAAGCUGGGCGUGCACCAAGGUGUACGCGUAAAUUUUACGUCCAAUUUCGCGCUCUAUCGAUCGACCGGUUGCCUUCGAUUCUUGCCUUUGGUUUCUUAUUUUCUUACACGGAAAGAGCACAGAGAGGAGAGAGAGAGAGAAGCAGUAAAGGGGGUUAUUAGAACGAAAGAAGCACGGAGUGAGAUAUUAAAAUCCGUUGGGACCAACCUGGCCAGCUAAUUAAAUUCCGUAAUCACGUGAGCGACUCGCGAGGAAAAUUAUUCUACAAUGAUUGCGCAGCCCGCGCGAGUGCCGAUAACAUCGAAACAAAGUUUGCGUAACACCCAACUACGUGUAUUGCUUUAAUGUUCAAUAAAAAUA